AUGACUAAAUAUUUAUUAUCAUCUCUUUUAUUUUAUAUAAUUUUAAUAAAUGGACGUCAAUUUACCAAUGUUACAAGUGUAGUUGUUUUUGCUUUUAGUGGUGGUCCAACUACAUCGAUGCAUAUAGUUUCGAAAAAUGACUCGGUGAUCACCGUUAGUUUCGAUGAUACUCAGGUGUACCAAGGUUUAGCAGGUCUCUUUGAUAAUAGAGGUGCAACCUCCAAGUUUGGAUGGAAUCCACUUAUUAUCAACAACGUUACUUCGGUACCAACUUCAGGUGGUAUCAUCACAGUCCACGGUUGGUACAUAAGUCCAUCGGCUGUCUCUAACAACACUCUCACCUUUACCAACGAGACCCUAUCGCUCAAGGAGAUUGGAAUCGGUGGAAAGAAUCUCUCUCAAAGCUACUACCGAUUGACACCGGAUCAAUCUACAUUCGUUGGUAUCGACUUGCCAGUUUCCAUAUUAAUUAGAGAGGUUGGAGCGUUAUCAAAUUUUUCAUUUGAACAACCAAUUGCUAAAAAUGUUACCACUGAUAAUUAUAUGUUACAUGUAUCUGGUGAUAGCUUUGGUAGUGAUAUCAAAAUGGUAUUCUUAGUAAUCAAUCUCAAUACAUUCCAGAGGCUCGAUGCAUUUACAAAGCAUACAGAUAUUAUUAUGAAUAUUACCAAACUCUAUCCAGUCUCUGUUAGAAAUGGAAAUAAUAGUGUAUUUGUUAAUGUUACCAAUUUCAAUAUUUCCAAUACUCUAAACUUUACAAUUUACCCAGUUAUUAAUUCAAUAAGUAAUUGUUCAGUGGAAGGUGGUGUGAUUACAAUCGGUGGAAAUUAUCUUAGUUUGGAGAAUGUUACAAAAGUAUCAGUAAAGAUUGGUGGUAGUGAAUGUAAACAACCUGUUAACUUGAAUGAAGGUCAUAGAUCUAUUCAAUGUACAAUCGAUCAUUUACCCAAAGGACAAGAUGCAUCUCAACAAUUUCCUGUUUCAAUCACACUCGAUCAAUUUAGCUCAAAUGACAAUGGUAAACCAGCAGUAUUCUUUAGCUACGAUAGACCAGCUAGUUCAUCAUCCAAACACAUACCAAAUAUUCUCCUAAUACUUGUCAUUCAAAUAGUUUCAUUAUUCUUACUAUACACUGUUUUAAAUGAAUAA